GCUAGAUGUCAGGAAAACGCAAAAACGGAAGAAGAAGACAUCAACAACACAGCACAUAGCGUUAGCUGCUCGUUGGCUAAUAUUUUCACGGCUGUUUUGGGACAUUUUAACAGGUACGCUGGAACUUUCUGACACCCACUCGGACAUGUCCUAUGUUUUCAUCAACGAUUCGUCGCAGACUAACGUCCCUCUGCUGCAGUCCUGCAUCGAUGGAGACCUGCCCUUCGCUAAGAGGCUCCUGGAGACCGGCUGCGACCCCAACAUCCGCGACAACCGCGGACGCACCGGCCUGCACUUAGCUGCGGCGCGGGGCAACGUUGACAUCUGUCGCCUGCUGCACAAGUUCGGCGCCGAUUUGCUGGCGACGGACUACCAGGGGAACACAGCGCUGCACCUGUGCGGCCAUGUGGAUACUAUCCAGUUCUUGGUGUCCAAUGGGCUGAAGAUUGAUAUUUGUAAUCACAACGGCUCCACGCCGCUGGUGCUGGCCAAGAGGCGCGGCGUCAACAAGGAUGCCAUCCGGCUGUUGGAGGGGCUGGAGGAGCAAGAGGUGAAAGGCUUCAACCGAGGAGCCCACUCCAAGCUGGAGACCAUGCAGAUGGCCGACAGCGAGAGCGCCAUGGAGAGCCACUCGCUGCUCAACCCCAACCUGCAAAGCAGCGAGGGCGUGCUGUCCAGCUUCCGCACCACCUGGCAGGAGUUUGUGGAGGACCUUGGCUUCUGGAGAGUCCUACUGCUGCUGGUGGUCAUCGCCCUGCUCUCCCUCGGCAUCGCCUACUACGUCAGCGGCGUGCUGCCCUUCUCCAGCAGCCAGCUGGAGCUUGUGCACUGAA